GGGAAAGAAAAGAGGUUUCGAAUCCCUCUUGGUGUGAGAUACGUAGAAAAAAGUAUUUUUUUUUGUUUGUUUUUUGUUUUUUUAUUCAUUUUUAUACAGCUGGACAGUAUGAACUUCCGUCGGAAAUUCGGCAACACGAAGGCCGUGGGCGUGUGGGCGUGUCUGCUGCUGGUGUCCCUUCCGUGUUGCUUGGCUCAGAGGACUUCGAGCGUAGGAUUCAGCGUGAGGAAGUUGAAGGCGCCGUCGUUCCUCACCUUGCAAGGCCCCGCGCGAGUGAAGUUCCAGGACACGCUGACGAACCUCUACGGUGCCUGGGACGAGGACGCGGGGGAAUUUGUGGCACCGAGAAAAGGGGCCUAUUUCUUCUCCUUCAACGGCAUUGGCACCAAGGACAGUGACUUCACCCUCGCCCUCAUGAAGAACGGCGAAUACCAAGUCACGGCAUACGGAGGACCACCCAAGUACGAGUGGGCAAGUAACUCCGCCCUCCUGGUCCUCGAAUGGGGCGACAAGGUGUACCUCGAACUCCAGGAUGGUAGUAUGUACGACCACCCGGGCAGAGAAGCCUAUACGACUUUCUCCGGAUUCCUGGUGUCUGAGUGGAAUUAG